CGAGAUUCUUGUCUGACUCAUUUAAAAUAGGACACCCUGUAGAUCCAUAUUUGUCUUAAACAUUCUUACUCUAAAUUUUAUACAUUAUCGGUUAUAACAAGUUUCGAAGAAAAUAAAAAGUCAUAAUAAAUGCUGGAACAUCGUAAUUACUAUUGACAGAUCAAAUAGUUUACUCACCAACAUCUUAAAGAUUGAUAUAAUUCAAUAUCAGACAUCUGUUUGUUAGUUCUGUGCAAUUAUUGACUUCUUCAAAAGUAAAUUGUCGAUAAAAGAACAAAACUAAAUUGUCAUGUCACACGCUAAAUGAUACCUCAGUUAUUUCUGAGAAAAUAUAAAUAAAUCACAGUAUCUUCCCAUUAAUUAGAAAAACAUAACACAAGUAAAAGUCCAUAUGCUCAAGCUCUUCAAUAAAAUCAACUUUGUAUAUUUACCGUAAGACAUAAUUGAUUUAUUUUAGCACGAUGACGUUGCUCGACAAUCGAUCGUGACAUUCGCUUAAAAUAUACAGCGCUCGAUCGAAAUGGCACACGCACGCUAUGAAAACAACAAAUAGAAUAAGCGCUUAUUCUCAAAGAACGAGAAGCCAUCGCUCUAUGUUUCCCGAUACGUUUGGUGCUCGAAGAAGAAACUCGGAGAAACCGACCCGCGAAUGUAAUAUACCGUCCGCUGAUUCGUCGCGUUACGACAAAUCGAGUCUUCACACGAACAAAUCUUAAACGACUGCGGCGGCGGCGACAGCGCAUUUUUCGGAAACACCUUGACCCAUCGUGAAAAAAUGAUCGAUGAGCGAAUAUCGCUCUCGAGCAACGCGCGUAGCGUUAGGAGCGAAGGCGAUUCCCGGUCGCGAAGCAACCAUGCGUGCCGCGACUAUCAAUUCCGUUGGGCAACUCGGCGACAGAGGCGCAGGCGAAAGACAAUGCAUAUGUGGAUCCCGCGAAACCAAUCGAUCGCGGUGGUGUGUGUAUGCCUCUUACGCUGUUGGAUCGCACAUUAGUAUAAAGGGGUUUUGAAAUCGGCGGAGGCCCUCAGUCGAUCGCCGUUCAAGCCGUCUGAAGAAAUCGUAAACCGUCGUUCACCGGGAAGCACACGCGAAGCAUGAAGCUGCUGGGAUACUGCCUGCUUCUUUGCCUCUUCGCCACGAGAGUGCAACCCAAGCCGCAGAUAACGAAACUGUUCCCGGUGGAGGAGCUGUUAACGUAUCGUCAGCAAGCGAACAACAUUACGAACCAGCUGGUGGACAAAUUUCUAGGAAAAUUACGCACCACUUAUGACCUGGUUCUCCGUCAAUACAAUACCAGCCACGUGGAAAAAAACCUGAUAAAGGGCACGCUCAGUCCCGACUUGCAGCCUUUUAGACUGUUCUGGAUCAAUCAAAUCAAGCAGGACAACUAUACGGAUCUCCAGUACCCCAACAACACAUUCCUGGAGCAUGUGAAAUCGCUAUCGGUACCAAAAGAUGAGGAGAAUAAGAUGAACACAAACAGUCUCCAGAAGGAACCGUCCAUCGAAGUAAAAUCAGCGACUAAAGUGAGCGCGAAUAAUAGAAGUCUGACGAGCUCCAACCAGACGAAAACGCUGUUCGACGAUCGGCUCAAUGAUGUACAAUCCUUGAAACUGUUAGAGCUGCAGGAUGAAGAAGUGUCGGAUGCAAGAGCAGAAGUGGAAAUCGUGACGCCGGGAACGACCGUGCGGCUUUCAACAACAGUGGGUCAGCAUCUGCUCGAAUGGCUUAGCUCCAUUUUCGGUCUCACUUACAACAUUUACACGAAAUUAUCGACCGCUGCCUGUAGCCAAGCAACUCACUAAUGAUGCAGCGACUGCGGGAGAAGUGAAUAUAUAAUAUAUCUAGAAAUAAUAUUCAGAGUAGAGGAACACGCGAGAGAAAAGUAAAGAAGGAGAAAAAAAAUAUAUUUUUCUUUUCUUAAAAUAUUUCUGCGUUUCUCUCGUUUUGAAGCGCGAAAUAAAAACGCACGUUGCGUUUGUUACGAGACCGCGUGCGCGGUGGCUAACACGAUGUAAAUGUAAAAAUUGCGAAAUCUCGGAAUAUCACGAUGUGGAAACCUCACUGCGGUAUUCAAGUAAACGCACUGAAUAUGCGGUAAGAUAUACCCGUAAUUUUAUACCUUUAUAUCACAGCUUUAUACGUGUUCACGUAGCAUGCUCUAAAGAUGUAUAUAUAAAUAAACAGAUGAAAUUUAUAUAU